AUGUUGUGGUGAAACAACAAACAACUUUUCCAUAAGAGAUUGAUAGGAAGAAAAUGGACUGAUGUUUAUACAGACUUCUUUUAUUAUGAAAAUUUGCUUUUAAUUUAUGAGAUUUUUCAAUUUUUGAAGCUAAAUAUUAAUGAUUCAGUCAAAGAAAGAUGAAAUUCCAAGAGGAACUUAGCAUUGAGUUCUUUACCUAUUUUUCAUUGCUAUUACAAAACCAGCCGAUUCAUACCUAAGAGAUAUUUCUCUUUAAACAAUUAUGAUUUCUUCAGCUCGAUGUUUAAGUCUAUAGGAUUUUCAAGAAUGCUAGAGUUCUCCUACACUAUUUGCCCGAACAAAUCCAAAAAUAUUAAACUAAUUGAUCAAUUGGCAGGCUUUAAAAUGCUAUGCUUAUUCAUUUUGUUCAUUCUUUCAUUUUGAUGAAGCAUAGUCAAUAGCUUGGAAAUUAAAGAAUUUGAAAAUAAUUUUCAAGGCAGAGCACUCGAUUCGGUGUGCCCUCAAUCUUGUCAAACCUGAGACUCAUCAAAUGUGUGAACCAGCUGCCCAGACUCAAUGAGGCUCAACUCCACCAGCAAUCAAUGAGAGUUUUGUCCUGAUGGCCAAUUUUAUUUGAAAAUUACUGAUACCUGAAUGAGUUGAGGAUCGAGUUGAUUGACCCUCUGAGCUUAUAAACCCGAGUGAUAUGAAUGCCCAAUUGGAGAGUAUUAUGACCUUGACAACUCCCAAUGUGUAGCUUCUUGAGAUCCGGUAACCCAAGUCCCUAUAAAUAGCACUCAAACUGAGAACAAAGCUUAUUGAAGAGGGUUCGACUAUUAUGUUAAUUCAAGAAGCACUGAGGUAGUGGAGUUGGGAACAAAAGAGUUCCCAUAUAAAAAUCUGAAAUUAGUAUUUAUUGAGCUUCUCAACUAUUUAAGCCACAGAGAUAUUACUGUGAAUAUAUAUGUUCGUGAAACCACUACAAACUACCUUGAGCUAAAUAAAAACUACAUUAUCAAUAUUACUAAUGUAAACAUCAUGCCUUACUCAUUAAUCAAUCCAGAUCCUAAAUAUACAAACCUAAUCCUGACAGACUCUGCUGCACCAACUUUAAACUCUUGGACCAAAUAUUCACUCCUACAAACAGAUGCUCUAGAUAUAUCAAUUGCGAACUCUUCAGACCCCUCAGCAAGCUCAUUCGGUUUGAAAGUUAUCUUUGUGUACAAUUCAUCCCUAUCGAUCCAAAAAGUGAACUUAGACUCAGAGUACAGCAAUAUUGAGACUGACAACAGAUUCGUAUUCCCAGUUGAGUGAGGAGCUGAAAAAUCAAUCAACUUUAAUCACAUAGACUCUAAAAUUUCUGGUUCGCUUUUAUCAUCCAUCUCUGCAGUCGAAGUCAAUCUGAAUAACAUAAAUUUUGAUUCAUACAGAGCAAGUUAUUGUGUUUCCAUUUUUGCUCCAUGAAAUUUCCCUGGAGGCGACUUCUUAGGAAAACUUACUUCAGACAACUUCACUGUGUAUAAUUCUCAAGAGAAAAUAAUUCCUUUUGCGAGAUCAAUCUUGGAAAUGCUUGGUUCAGGAGAUAUGAGUAUUAACAGAUUUGAUUGCUCUGCUAAAGUAGAAGACACUAUUGGAAUUGCAAUACUGACGGCGUCUGCUCAGACUGAAUGAACUCCCGACACAACUGAAAUUCAGCAUUGAAAUAUGACUAAUUCUUACUUAACAGCUCCGGAAUUACAGCCUGAAGGGGGCUACUCAUUGGUCAGCCUGAUUCCUUCGCCGUCGUACUCUAUUAGCCCAGCAAGGGUCUUCUUCCAUAACGUGACCUUUGAGGGGAUAGAUUCAAUCACUGUGAGAAGAUGCCGGUCGACACUUGAUGUCAUCAAUACUGUUGGCUCAAAUAUUAUACUGACCAAUAAUUAUAUCGAGGAUUCUGAAAUGCUUGACGGAGCUUCUCUUUCAGCUCAGUUUGCAAUUACCAUCACUGCUAAAAAUAAUACUUUUAAGGAUAUUAGUGGAGGACUUGUUGCCGGAAGACAAGUAUUCAGAUUAGGAUUUUUCGGUCCAGGAACGUUAAUAGAAGAUACUCAGUUUAUAGAUUGAAAGGUCAAGUCCAAUAACCUCCUUCACUUUAUUCCGGGCACUUUUCCUAUAACUAUUAAAAAUGUUCACUUUAAAAAUAUUGAAAGUGUAGAAGGAUAUGCUUUACUUUCAUCUGAUGCCUUUCAUGGAGCCACAAUUCAAAAUGUUACUUUUGAAGAUAUUUAUAAGGAAAGUGCUGAUGAUACCACAAAUGUAAUGAUUAAAUUUGGAACUUUUAAUCUUGGAGAUCAGAAUGAAAUCUCUCUCAUAGAUUUAAAUAUUGUAAAUUCUACAAUUCCUCUUUUCCAAAUGAAUUCUAUUUCUAGCAAUGAAGCGAACGGCUCUUCUGUUAUUUUCCAGAAUCUUGCUUACCAUGAUUGAGUAUUUGAAUUUUCAGAAAGCUUAAUUUUACUCAAAAAUUUAUUCUCAACAAGUGAUUUUCAUUUCAAAUUUACCGAUUCCAAAUUCUAUAAUAUUGAAUUUACUAGAGGAGGAAAAAUAUUUGACUUUGAGCACCAAAUCUCUACACAAGUAGUGGUGCAAGACACUACAUUUACUAACAUCACUGCAGGCAGCAUUUAUCUUGAGUCAUUUAACAAGAACAAUGAUGUAACCACUUUGGUAUUGCUUUCCAACAUCACUGCUCAAAAGUGAACGAUGAACGAUAAAUCAUUCCUUGAUAUUUCACAAGGAGGCAGACUAGAAGUCAGGGACUCUCUGUUCACCAACAUGCAUUCUUCUUAUGAAGGACCCAUUUUAAGCUCAAAAUUCGAAGGGACAGAGGUCAAUAUCCUCCGAAGCAACUUUACAAAGAACACUGCCAUUAGUGCUGGAGUGUUUAAUAUCAAGGACCGUAGCUUGGUGAAGUGAAGUGAAUGAAGGAUCUUCGAGAAUUUUGCAAUCUCGAAUGCUGUUCUAUAUGUCAAAAGCCAUGCACAUUUUGAAUUUGUUGACACACUAAUGUAUAACAAUUAUGCAAGAAGUACUCCUCUGGGUAGCAUUCUUGAUAGCAUAAAAAUCUCUCUCAUUACUGGCGGAAGCAUUUAUGACAAUGCAAAGAUAACUAAAGAAGAGUAUAUAUCUCAGACUGAAGUUGUUUGAACUACCCUCUGCUUUUUGCCAGAUUUCAUUAAGAACAAAACAGAAGAGUCAUUUGACAUUGUUGAAGAUUCUGACAAAAUAGUAUUGUUUGAUGUUAUUUUUGGAAUCAUUUCAUUCCAGAGCAUGCAAAACAUUCAUGAUCAAGACAAACUUAUCAACGGGUUCAACUCUGAAAUAUCGAUAGAAAACACUACUAUCAACCGUUUCAUAACAAAUAGUCCAAUUAUCACAGCGUCUUCAUCUGUUCUAAAUAUUUCAGAUACUAUUUUUGACAGAAUCAACAUGACUUCAUGGAAUGCCCCAGUGAUAUUAUCAAAUUCAGAAUCUGUGACCACAUUCAGCAAUGUUACUUACUCAAACUCAUCAGGAAAGUUCAUUGAGGAAGCCAACACUAUCUGAAGCAUGAAUGGGGUUCACUUUUCGGAUAUUGAAACACCGAAAGAACUUAUUUUAAUGUAUUCGACUCUUGAUUGCUCCAUAAAGAACAUUUCAUUAAGCAAUAUCUCUGGCAAUUAUACGAACUUCAUUGAGAUUAUAAAGUCCGAAGUAAGUCUUCUUGAAAAUAUUGAAAUCAGAGAUAUGCCAGGGGAAGGCUUAAAAAUUACAAAAUCUAACAUCGCUCAGAUCAAUCAGAUAAAGCUCAAUAAUAUUACCAAAGGGUUGCAAGCAAUCAAUUCUGAAAUUGUAGAAAUCAGAAGCUCGGAAUUUAACAAUCUUGGAGGAGUGGACAUCACAUCAGGAGGAGCAGUCCAUCUGAUAAACUCAAAAUUUAUUGGAGAUAACUUGACAUUUACCUCAAAUACUGCCUCAAGAGGAGGAGCUGUUUAUGUUGAAUGCCUCACAGCUAUAAAGCAAGAAUGAGAGGUAUCCUUUAGUAAAUCUAAUUUCAUGCAAAACUCAGCCACAGAAGGAGGAGCCAUCUAUUACGAUUCGUUCCGUCCUUCAUUCUUGAAUACUUAUUUCAAUAAUUCUGCUGAAUAUGGACCGAAUAUUGGGUCUUAUCCAGUCAAAAUAUCUCAGAGUGAUUCUAGUAUUCAGGAUAUCAAGUUUGAUUUUGUUGGAAGUGGAAUAAAAUAUCCUUCAGAAGUCAGACUGAAACUAGUUGAUUAUGAUGAACAGGAGAUUGCAACUGACUCUACCUCUCAGAUUAAAAUAUCUCCAAUUGCUUCAAAUGCAUCUGUGACUGGAAUCGAUUACGCUCAAGUUAAAAAUGGAGUUGGAACUUUCGAUAACUUAGUGCUUCAAGCAGCACCAGGAAAAACAGGAAUUGAAUACAGAGCAUUUUCAAAAUCAAUAGACUCUAAUCUUGUCACAAGGGUGUAUGGAAGUGUUAACAGGAAUCUUAUUACUGUAGACUUUAGAUGGUGCCAACCUGGAGAAAUGUACUCAGGUAAUGAAACUUGAAUAGAGUGACCCCAAGGAACUUAUUCCCUUGAAUGGAAUUCCACCCAAUGCACUACUUGAAUGAAAAAUGCUGUUUGACAAGGAGGGAGUAAAAUUUCUGUAAAUCCUGAUUAUUGGAGAUCAAGCCUUAAUUCUACUGACCUUGUAAAAUGCCCUAUCAGAGAUAUCUGACUUGGAAGAUUUAAUGAAAUUAAUGAACAUCCUGUGGAAUGUUCAGAAGGAUACUCAGGCUAUCUCUGCACCUCUUGAACCAAACAUGGAGGAAACGACUUUAUGAGAAUUGGAUUGUAUGAAUGAGAGAAAUGUCCAAAUAAGAUUUAUAACUCCAUUAGAAUAGCUUUAUUAAUGAUUCUAGUGAUAAUUUUCAUUGUGGUAUUAAUCAUCAUUAACAUCAGGAAGAGGAAUGAGAGUCAAAAAUCCAUUACAUUAAGAAUUCUUACCAAUUAUCUUCAAUUAAUGGGAAUUGCAGUUUCAUAUGGGUUAGAUUACCCCAAUGCGUUAUAUGAUUCAUUCUCAUUUAUGGAGAGAGCUAGUUCAACCUCAGAAUCAUUCAUAUCUUUCGAUUGAUUCUUUGAUGAUGCCCAAAUGACAUCAUUUACUCCUUCAACACCAAUAUUCAAGUUAUUCCUUUCGGCCCUGUUGCCACUGAUUUUCAUUAUUAUUUCUGCUUGAAUUUGGAGUUUGCUAGGACUUACCGGACACAAAUGGUUCGACGAUACCAAGAGGAACAUCAGCAUCACUAUUAUCUGUAUUUUGUUCUUAUUUCACCCAACAUUGACAAAGCAGUCUCUCAGCUUGUUCCAAUGCACUGAUGUUGGCAACGGAGAAAGCAGAAUGACUAUCGACAUGAAUAUCCAGUGCUACUCGGCUGAACACCUCAAGUGGGCUUUACCCAUUGGAGGCUCAAUGAUGGUUGUAUGGGUGAUUGGCUGUCCAAUGGCAGCAUUGGUCAUAUUAAUAAAAUUCAGAAAGAAUCUUGAUCAUGAUAUUGUAAAAAGAUAUUUCCUUGUUCUCUACCAAGGGCUUAAGCCAAAAGUAUUCUACUGGGAGUUUGUGAAUACUCUAAGAAAAAUAUUGAUUCCUUUAACAAACAUUCUUCUGUCAAGAACAGAUAUAUUUUACAGGAUAAUGUCAGCAGUCAUUAUUCUUAUCAUUAUGUUUAGAGUUCAGGAGUCCUUGAAACCCUAUAAAUUUGAAGAAAAUAACAAAGUAGAAAUUUUAGCAGUUCUCGGAGGCAUGAUCACCAUUUUUGGAGCAGUCAUUUCCCUUGACAACACAAACGAUCAAGAAGUUGAAGAUGUCCCAUUUCUUAGAGCGAUCUCGGUUUCAUUAAUUCUGAUUGUAAAUGCUUAUUUCUUAAUGAGAUGGAUUUUGUUAUUUUUAUUCUCGUUCGAAACGUCAAAUGAAAUCAUUUGAAAAAUAAGAAAAAUGUUAGGCAAUCUUUUAUGCAAAGGAAAAACCGAGGCCUUUACUACUGCAAACUCGGAGUUGUUAACUUCCAAAAACUGUCAGAAAUCCCCAAGAGAAAAGAUUUUGGUAAAGAAGAAGACAAAAAGACAUAGAAGAAAAGCAAGGAAGAAUCAAAAAAUUCGAAGAUUCAAGAUAGAAAGUAAUAGACAGUUCCAAGGUAUUAAUGACAAGGAUGAAGGAGAAGAACUAUCGGCUUAUAAAGAAAUUCUUGUCCCAUCCUCAGAGAGAGACUCUACUUAUAGAGGAACUAGAUUAAAAAGAAAAAUGCAGCACUUCUUAAACAAAUUAGAAAACCAGCCAUCAUCAGCAACCCCAGACCCUAGAACCCCACACAAAAUCUCCGAGGAAGAGAAAUUCGACCACAAAUUCCUCCUAAACCGCAACAAACCGUCCACGCCUAUAUCCCCUCCAAAACCCCUCAAUCGAAUACCUUCUUCCAGCCCCACUUACUUCUCAAAGUUCAGGCCAAAAGACAAGGCUCUUUAAGAACAGAAUUGGCAUGAACAAGGCCACGCUCAAGCUGUUGUAGGGGAAUAGGAAAUUAAAGUGAAGGAAGUAUAAUAGUAAAGAAAGUUUAAAGUUCAA